CUUCUAUUUUUUCUCACAGAUCCUUGCCUGGAUCACCACUGCAAGAAGGGCAAAGUGUGUGAGGUCGAUGAGGAUAACACCCCCAUGUGUGUGUGCCAGGAUCCAUCCUCCUGCCCCGCCUCCGAUGGAGAGUACGAGCAUGUUUGCGGCACCAACAAUGUCACCUACGAAUCCUCUUGCCACUUCUCCGCCACCAAAUGCGCUCUGGAGGGAACCAAGAAGGGCCACAAGCUGCACCUCGACUACACCGGACCCUGCAAAUGUGAGUUUCCUUCCUUCCAGCAUUUCAGAUUUUCCCCCAAAGUUAAGGUUUCCUCAAAGCCCUGACUCAACACUCAGACA